CAUCAGUAAUAUACAUGCAAUAAUAUAGAAAACAGCAACUCUAAAUUUGAGCAAUUUUACAUUGUAACUUUUGCAGCUUUUUGCAGAAAAAACAUCAUGCAGAUCUUUGUGAAAACACUGACUGGCAAGACCAUCACCCUUGAGGUUGAGCCCAGCGACACCAUCGAGAAUGUCAAAGCAAAAAUCCAGGACAAAGAAGGCAUUCCCCCAGACCAGCAGCGUCUGAUCUUUGCAGGAAAGCAGCUUGAGGAUGGCCGUACCCUGUCCGAUUACAACAUCCAGAAAGAAUCCACACUUCACUUGGUUCUUCGUCUUCGUGGUGGUAUGCAGAUCUUCGUCAAAACCCUUACAGGCAAGACCAUCACCCUAGAGGUUGAGCCCAGUGACACCAUCGAGAAUGUCAAAGCUAAGAUCCAGGACAAGGAAGGCAUUCCCCCAGACCAGCAGCGUCUCAUCUUUGCAGGAAAGCAGCUUGAGGAUGGCCGUACCCUGUCCGAUUACAACAUCCAGAAAGAAUCCACACUUCACUUGGUUCUUCGUCUUCGUGGUGGUAUGCAGAUCUUCGUCAAAACCCUUACAGGCAAGACCAUCACUCUUGAGGUUGAGCCCAGUGACACCAUCGAGAACGUCAAAGCUAAGAUCCAGGACAAAGAAGGCAUUCCCCCAGACCAGCAGCGUCUUAUCUUUGCAGGAAAGCAGCUUGAGGAUGGCCGUACCCUGUCCGAUUACAACAUCCAGAAAGAAUCCACACUUCACUUGGUUCUUCGUCUUCGUGGUGGUAUGCAGAUCUUCGUCAAAACCCUUACAGGCAAGACCAUCACUCUUGAGGUUGAGCCCAGUGACACCAUCGAGAACGUCAAAGCAAAGAUCCAGGACAAAGAAGGCAUUCCCCCAGACCAGCAGCGUCUCAUCUUUGCAGGAAAGCAGCUUGAGGAUGGCCGUACCCUGUCCGAUUACAACAUCCAGAAAGAAUCCACACUUCACUUGGUUCUUCGUCUUCGUGGUGGUAUGCAGAUCUUCGUCAAAACCCUUACAGGCAAGACCAUCACUCUUGAGGUUGAGCCGAGUGACACCAUCGAGAAUGUCAAAGCAAAGAUCCAGGACAAAGAAGGCAUUCCCCCAGAUCAGCAGCGUCUCAUCUUUGCAGGAAAGCAGCUUGAGGAUGGCCGUACUCUGUCCGAUUACAACAUCCAGAAAGAAUCCACACUUCACUUGGUUCUUCGUCUUCGUGGUGGUAUGCAGAUCUUCGUCAAAACCCUUACAGGCAAGACCAUCACCCUAGAGGUUGAGCCCAGUGACACCAUCGAGAACGUCAAAGCUAAGAUCCAGGACAAGGAAGGCAUUCCCCCAGACCAGCAGCGUCUCAUCUUUGCAGGAAAGCAGCUUGAGGAUGGCCGUACUCUGUCCGAUUACAACAUCCAGAAAGAAUCCACACUUCACUUGGUUCUUCGUCUUCGUGGUGGUAUGCAGAUCUUCGUCAAAACCCUUACAGGCAAGACCAUCACCCUUGAGGUUGAGCCCAGUGAUACCAUCGAGAAUGUCAAAGCUAAGAUCCAGGACAAGGAAGGCAUUCCCCCAGACCAGCAGCGUCUCAUCUUUGCAGGAAAGCAGCUUGAGGAUGGCCGUACCCUGUCAGAUUACAACAUCCAGAAAGAAUCCACACUUCACUUGGUUCUCCGUCUUCGUGGUGGUAUGCAGAUCUUCGUCAAAACCCUUACAGGCAAGACCAUCACCCUAGAGGUUGAGCCCAGUGACACCAUCGAGAACGUCAAGGCUAAGAUCCAGGACAAGGAAGGCAUUCCCCCAGACCAGCAGCGUCUCAUCUUUGCAGGAAAGCAGCUUGAGGAUGGCCGUACUCUGUCCGAUUACAACAUCCAGAAAGAAUCCACACUUCACUUGGUUCUUCGUCUUCGUGGUGGUAUGCAGAUCUUCGUCAAAACCCUUACAGGCAAGACUAUCACUCUUGAGGUUGAGCCGAGUGACACCAUAGAGAACGUCAAAGCAAAGAUCCAGGACAAAGAAGGCAUUCCCCCAGAUCAGCAGCGUCUCAUCUUUGCAGGAAAGCAGCUUGAGGAUGGCCGUACCCUGUCAGAUUACAACAUCCAGAAAGAAUCCACACUUCACUUGGUUCUUCGUCUUCGUGGUGGUAUGCAGAUCUUCGUCAAAACCCUUACAGGCAAGACCAUCACCCUAGAGGUUGAGCCCAGUGACACCAUCGAGAAUGUCAAGGCUAAGAUCCAGGACAAAGAAGGCAUUCCCCCAGAUCAGCAGCGUCUCAUCUUUGCAGGAAAGCAGCUUGAGGAUGGCCGUACUCUGUCCGAUUACAACAUCCAGAAAGAAUCCACACUUCACUUGGUUCUUCGUCUUCGUGGUGGUAUGCAGAUCUUCGUCAAAACCCUUACAGGCAAGACCAUCACCCUUGAGGUUGAGCCUAGUGAUACCAUCGAGAAUGUCAAAGCUAAGAUCCAGGACAAGGAAGGCAUUCCCCCAGACCAGCAGCGUCUCAUCUUUGCAGGAAAGCAGCUUGAGGAUGGCCGUACCCUGUCCGAUUACAACAUCCAGAAAGAAUCCACACUUCACUUGGUUCUCCGUCUUCGUGGUGGUAUGCAGAUCUUCGUCAAAACCCUUACAGGCAAGACCAUCACUCUUGAGGUUGAGCCGAGUGAUACCAUCGAGAAUGUCAAAGCUAAGAUCCAGGACAAGGAAGGCAUUCCCCCAGACCAGCAGCGUCUCAUCUUUGCAGGAAAGCAGCUUGAGGAUGGCCGUACUCUGUCCGAUUACAACAUCCAGAAAGAAUCCACACUUCACUUGGUUCUUCGUCUUCGUGGUGGGUGUCAGUAAACCAUGUUAGUGAUUUGUUUAACCACUCGCAUGAAAUACGCUACUAUAAAUAAGAUUGAACAGAUUGAAAAGGGGAUCUUAAUUGAUAAAACAAAAAGAAUUCAGCGUUAUGCAUAGUACAACUCGAAAAGUAUUUAAACUUUUUGGGAAAAAUCAUCAUAACACAUUUUUUACAAAAUUGAUCACCUAUUUUGUUCAACUGCGUUUUGAAAUGUUCAUAAAUAAAUAGAAAGCAUUUAAAAGCAUUCAGUAAAUCUAGAUGCCUUGGCAGGGCUCAUUUCAACGUGGAUGUCAUUUGCAGCAUAACAAAACGUGUAAAACUUAUUUGUCUUGUGAUAUUGGUCUUUGAGCUACAAACCCUGCUGUUUCGUUAUUACAAGCAGAAAUUUGAGCCCUGCAUUGACUUGAGAAAAGUGAUCAACUUUAUAAAAACAAAAUACACGGUCGGUUUGCAUUAUAAGAAACUAUGCUUAUUCAAGCUGUUGACGCCAAUAUCCUGGGUUGCCUGCCAUUUACUGCAUAAAAUUCUGAAAGACUUUAUUUUCAAACGAUGGCUCAAACAUGCCAAUCAUUUCAUGAACUUUGAAAAGUGAAACAAUUUCUGAAAUCACAUGCAUCAAGUUCAGAAAAUCUUGAUAUGAAAAUGUGUUAUUUUGUGACUCUCCACUAAGUUGGACUUUUCAUCAAUUUCAGUCAACUGAUGAAUGUUAGUUGAGAUAAAAAAUCAUUGUUUGGAAAAAAGGCAAGACAAAUCUGUUUUUAAGUGCGUAAAAUAAUUGAGUUACAUAAUUGGGAAAGUGCAUUAAAAGUGAAAGCUAAAAGUAGAAA